CUUAACAAUAAAUUGAAAAUUAUAUUGUGUGUAUAUAUAUAUUAGUCUAAAUAUAAAACAUUUUGUGGAAUAUAUAUGAAUUAUAAUACGAAACUAUACAUAUAAUAGGUCCAGUUUCUACAAAAAGAUCUCGAAUAGCUCAGGUUUGACUUGUUGACACCCCAACGGACUAACUAACUAAGCAUAUAUAGGUGUGGAUUUCUAAUCCGAAAGUUAAAGGUGACAUCAAAUCCAGCAAGUAGGAGGCACUCUAAUGGAUUACUAGGAAAUGCAGAAUACUUGGUACAAAUUAAACAAGAAAACGAGGUCUGAAAGAAAUCCCGGCUAAAUAUAUUUUAUCUACUAAAGGAGAAGAUAAAAUUGUAAUUUAUAGAUUAUUAGCAAUCAGUAACAUUGGCAUCAACCAAGUAUCAAACGAUUAGGACAGAUAACUAUAUUUCAACUCUCAAUUUUAGAAAGAGGAAUUUUCUAGGGUUGCCGCAAGGCGAUCUUUAGCAUCGGUGUGUCCGUUAUCAGCUUAGCAGAGGAGCGGGGUUCAGUUUCAGUCAGCCAAUUUGUUAUUAUUGAUCAGUCUGGAGGGUGGGCGAAGGUGAUGAUCGGUCAGGAGGUUACGAAGAUCAUUGCGAGGUGAGAUCUGUUGAGGAAGAUUUGAGCAGACGCUUAGGGAGGCACUUGACGAGGUUAACGAAGCAGCAAAGCGGACGGAUUGGUCUGUGCAGCAGCGGUUCCGGAAUUUUUAGUCGGUUUGGUAAGGCGUAGAGAUUUAUGGAGAAUAUCGGUGAUCAUUACAAAAUGAUGACAAUUGGUGCGGAAGAAGAAGAUUUGGCGAGCUAUGUGAAGGCGACCAUUCCGGUGAUUGGCAUGAUAGAUUCUCAAAUGAAUUUUCUGGAGGUUGAAAUUCUCUUCUAUCAUACUACAUCGGCUCGCCCUCCUCCGGAACCACCACCCUGCGAGGAAGUAAUUUGGGGAAAGUUUUUAUUUUCGUAUUGUUUUUCCCUUCGCAACACUUAUUUUUGUUUCAGUUCGACCGGGUGUGGUCGGAGUAUUUUGAUUUUUGAUGAUGAACUAUUGAUAAACAAUGUUUCAUUUUCAGGCGUUUUAAGCUUCUUCUUGCCCGUUUUGUGUCUAGCGAGUCAUGUUGCUUUGUAUGGGUGGCUGACUCUAAGUCUAUUCCUAUGGUUUCCGAUCGGAUAUGUAAUAUCUGUCUGGAUUUGGCGUUGCGUAUUUGCUCUAUUUUAAUGGAAAGCCGUUUUGAUGAUAAAAAAAAAACGAUUAGGACAAAUACAUAGAUGAUGGGGCUAUAUUCAUACCUAUCCGCAUAACACUACAAGAGUACAAAGGCUAUGUUUGGCACAACACUAUGAUUUAGGGCUAUUAAGUAGAUUCACAAUAUACUUAUUAAAAAGGACCUCGCCUGGUUUAGGGCUAUAUUUCCGUAAUUCAGUAGAUUCAACACGAAUUUCAUCAAUGUUAUUAAACCAACUCUAAGCUAAUAAUGGCAAUCCAAAAUAGAUGCUGUUUUCGUAGAUGUAUCCUGUUUUCCUAUGUGACACUCCUCAUUUAAGGAAUGAAAAUAUGUGCUCAUGAAUUAUGUGAUCCAAAAUGUAACGGUUAUCGGUCUAUCUUAAAAAAGAUCAAGUUAGUUAAUGCCUUAAUAAUAAUUAAUUAUCAUCAUGACCAGCUAAGUCAUACACUC